GAGAGAGAGAGAGACAGACAAGGCAAAAGGCGUGUGUAAUAAAAUAUAAAAAUACAAUUUAAAUCGAUACUCAACUGGCUAAACUCUCUCUGUGUAUGGAUGUGUGCGUGCGCGUGUGCUGUUGUUUCAUCUCAAUUUGUUUAGUUUGAAUUGCCUCCUCUGCUUUUUAUUAUUGUCUGUGCAGAGACAAAACAUUGUUUAGUGUAAUAAAAUGAUUGCGUGCUUUUCUGUCUCCUGCUGAAGCUCAGCAGCCCUGCGCUUCGCUCCUGCAAAAUACAAUUACCGACAAAGCCUCGAAGCCUUUAAAGUCUUAAAACCUACUGUUACACACGUUGUUUGCUUUUCCCUUAUGAAACAUCGACGUUUCAAUGGAUCGUGUCCGCCGCUGCCCAACACCGAGCCUGCAGAGAGAGGGAAUGAAGGAAAGAGAAUCUUUUUUUAAUAGAUGCCAUUUGGGUUGUUAGGUAAAUCUUGGUUUAAAAAUACGAGGGGAAAACCGCAGUAUAUUGUUUUGCCCUGCGGCGUUUCAAAAGGCAGAGAUAGGUUGGCAUAAAGCUCCAUGAAGUCAUGAAUCUGUCCGCAUCACCACAUUUAGAACCUCACUUACGAAUCCCGACAGGACCAAAAAUUUUGCCUACUAAUGGUCAUAAUUUAUGAUGUGUGGAUCAACAUGCGCUCAUUGGGCAACAGCUUCCUGAGUGCUUAACGAGCAUAAAGUCGAACACUUCCGGACAUUAAUUGGGCAAGCCAGCGAUGGUAAAGUGCUUAUAGAGGGCUUUACAUUGUUAGUAUGUGAAUUACUCCUUAUUAGUAAGGUUAGAAGCGGGGGAGAGGAAAAAGCAUCAGAGGCUGAGCAGGCGCAGCCUCCCUCGCUGUGUUUUUAAUCAUGGCUGAUAAUGUAGAAAUUUUAAAGGUCCCGUAUAACUAACACUGAGUAAUGUUGUGACGUUAGAUAUUGAAAGCUAUCUGCGAGCACGUAAAGGAGAAGCUAUGGUUCGUGGAUGGGCCCUGUUGUAGAGCAGGCGAGCAGGCUGUUAAAGUUAGGCCUUCAGCACAAGAACCAAUUAAAGCAUAUAUUUAAAACUAAUUCCCGCAUGUUUAUAAUCGACACCGCAGCACAAUCUAAUAAUAAUAAUAGUAAUAAUAAUAAAAAUGACAACAAUGAUAAUGAAAUCUGCGUUACGCAUUCAUUGCGCGUCGUCGUAUAUUGCUACAAAUUAAGAGCACAUACCAUUCAUUAAUAAAUUAUUUAUGCUAAUUGUUCAUUUCUCUGCUUAGUAUUAGGCUAUUAUUAAUAAUUGAUUAUUUUCGUCUUAAACGUCCAGUGUUCACCCAUUCCUCGUUGGUCAUAAAGUCCUUUGAAAUAUCGUGGAAUUGUGGACCAAACGGCUUCUUUCCUGCGUGCAUCAGAAGCCGCACAUGAUUUGCCUCACGGGCCGCAAUAAAACACUAAAACACGGGGGAUAGAAUGACCUUUCCAAUUCUGCACACUGACACAACCUCUGCUGCAUUCCAGCCUCUCCACUCCACACAUUGGCUUUACUGUUCAGCCCGUAUUUACAACCCAGACUUAAGGUACAAGCGGGAUUUUCGUUUGUGUGUGAACCACAAUAGGAGCAAUCCUUGGAAACCCAAAUAAAUGUAAACUAAUUUAAUUAAACGAUAAAUACACACAAAAAAAUAUAUAAAAUGUUGUAAUGUAGAAGCUUUCUUGCCAGGAAUAAAAUAUGUCGUCUUUGUGCAAACGGGGAAAACAGAAAUAGACUUUCUCCACUCCAAUACACUUGUUUUUCCCGGUAUCAUGGGCUUGACAAAUUGAUAAAGUAUCACUACUAAACACCCAAUAUGUCACAUUUUAACUUUCAUUUGUUUAGUUUGAAUUAAAAAUUAAUGUCCGUGUUAAAGUGGUAAAUUCGCUGUAUAUAUGAUCGUCAAGAACAUUAUCUCUUCAUGAUUUUAUUUAAAAUGGGACGUCGGACUUUCACUUAGAAACAUUUGUUUAAUUUAACCCAUAAUCAAUCGAAUUAAGAAUCAGAGUGAAUAGGGAGGGGGAAAAAACAUCUCAAGACAACAAUAUUAGGACCUUAACGGCUCCAACUUUUGUGCUUUAUUUGCUUCAAUUCUGUGCGACGCGGAUGUCACAUAUGGCCACGAAUAGGUGAAGGGAAACUUUUAUUGCACCAGCUACUUCCUCCUCUUUGUUCUUGUCUCUUUUAUGGGCUAUCCAGGGUCCCAAACAACAGACCAAACAAUGUUGCACGUUUAGGCUGCACGUAUUCACUCUAUUGAAGAAAUCAAUGGGCUGAAGCAAAAGGCUGCUGUAGCCACGGCGACUGCGUUUGAACAGACAUUUUCAGUAGCUUUAUUGAUUAUUAUAUUGGUAUCUAUUAUGUCUCGUUGCGAAACGCCGGAAUGAGAAUUGUGGUUUCAAGUGCAUUUCGGAAGUUUUAUUUUUCAUACGGGUUAAAGGGGGGUUCAGAAUAAAAAUGGGCUCUUGUCAACCUUUGGUGGGGGGAAAAAAAGUUCUAAUUUAAUUAUGUUGAACACAGAAAAGCGAACGCGAAUGACUAAGUCUUCUGUAAUACCUUAAAUUAAUUGCGCAAACGUGCGGAAUUGCACAAAUUUAAAGACGACACAUUUCGAGCAGUUCCCAGUUCUGUUAGAUUUGUGCAAAACACCUCUAAAGUAAUUUCCUAACCCAUCAUUUGCUGCAGCGAUAAUUAAAGGUUCCUGUUUCCACCGUGUGUGUGUCAGAGGAAUGUCGAAGUAUCAUCAGGACAUAAGGAAAAGACUGGAAUAAGCAUUGUCACACGUUGCAUUUAUAUUCUGCUCCUAUGCUAUACGAGCUAUAUAUAUAUUUAUAAUACCAGAUACAUAGAUAGCAUAUGAGAAGCCUGCUUCCUUAGUGUUAGGAGUUAAAGGAGAGACUGUACCUGGACGCUCACAGUGAACCCCGGGCUCAGUUGGCCUGUAGAGGAUGUUGUCUGACGUUUAAGUUACAUAUAGCUGAUUAUUCAAGAUGGUGGCAGAAGUCAUCUUUUCAUACGCAGUUCCUAACUAGUCGGCCAUACCUGUACGCGGUUUCCCCCCCACCUUUUGCUCUGCCUCUACAUGCUGUGGCCGGGGCUUUCUUUCCUGAGCCUGGGAGAUUGCAGCCUGCGUUUGCACGCCUUUGCUGCAGAGAUAGUUGUUGGUGAGCUGGGGAACGUCACUUGUUUUAUUGCCCUCGCAGAACAGAGACCAUAAACGCAUUCUUACCACCACCUCCCCCAGUCCACUGCAAAAGCAUGGAAAUUGCUCACAUGCCAGAUAAUUCAUACACAAAGGAAACAUUAACAGUAUGUUGGAAACUCUGGAUGUAACUGAGGUAAAUAACAAAUGCCAAUAAUCCGUUUAGUCCUCACACAAAGGCUGCGGAGGAGAGCAUGCUAUGUCUCUGCAGUGCUGUUGUGAAAUUGUGGAAAACUAAGUACAGGACACACACAUAUUCAGUCACUCGCAUAUUAAGUUAAUAUAACAGCUAAUGGGUUUGCAUUGGGUCUCGGUUAAUGGGUUUAAUAGUUAUAUUUUUCUGAAUUCCUUGCUUAAAGCCUCACAUGGACAUGCUUCCAUGCAUUUUUAUUCACUUUUCAUCCCUCUAUAGAAUGUGAGCACUGAACUGAAUGACACUGGCUACAUUAUGCAUCGUGCUUUCUCCUUAAACACCACAUGCUUUUAAACUACAAGCCAAAAAACUUCUCAUCCAUCUGAGCUGCAUAGUGUGCCACUCCAAGUCUACGUUGUGUUUAUCGGCAUUUAGCACUAAUGUUCAAGCUCUGAGCUAAAAGCUACAGUUUCUCCUCAACUCCUGCGUCUCAAUUGGUGGAGAACGGUCAGCUGACAUUGUCAUAUUGUCUCUCUCCGAGCCAAGCCUCGGCUAUAACACUCGGGUUUGUGCGUCUUAACCGGAGAUUGGAAAUUAAUAAUAUUGAAUCCUCAAAGUAGCCCGCGUCCAGUUAGGGAAGCAGAAAGACAAAAAAGGAAGAGUUUUGGAGAAAGGUGUGGUUGGUUGACAGAGACGAGAGAGAGAUUUACUGAGAAGGAGAUUGAAAAGAGAGCGAUAAAGAAGUGGGGAGAGUUGGAGAGAGGGUUACAAGCAAGGUAUGAAUUCUUAUUUCGCAAACCCGUCGCUCUCCUGCCAUUUAUCCGGUGGUCAAGAUGUUUUGCCUAACGUACCCCUGAACUCCACCACCUAUGACACAGUGAGACAUUUUUCGUCGUACGGUGCCGCUGUGACCCAGAAUCGGAUAUAUGCACCUUUCUACUCUCCUCAAGAUAAUGUCGUGUUUGGGUCUGGCAGGGCACAGUACGAAUAUGGAUCAAACGUGUUUCUUCAAGACAAGGACGUGCUGCCAAGCUGCAGACAAACAAACAUGGGACUCAAUACACAAAGCCACAUUGCUCAAGAGUACACGCUGGAUCAAGGAAGAGCAGGAGCUCAGGAGCAGAAAAGUAACGUCCCGAUCUACCCGUGGAUGCAGCGAAUGAACUCACACAGCGCAGGAGUGGGCUACGGGACAGACCGACGCAGAGGACGUCAAAUAUACUCUCGUUACCAAACACUUGAGCUGGAAAAGGAAUUUCAUUUCAACCGCUACCUGACCAGGCGCAGACGCAUCGAAAUCGCCAAUGCGCUGUGUUUAACAGAGCGGCAGAUCAAAAUCUGGUUUCAGAACCGACGCAUGAAAUGGAAGAAAGAGAGCAACCUGACCUCCACGGUAACUGGAAGUGAACAGACAGGAGCCUCUCAAGAGGAGGAACGCAAUGGCGCAGUGGAAGAAGGGAAGGAUGAGGACAAAAAGAAAGAAUAGCUAAAAAAGAAGUGGGCAAAAAAAAAAAACACCUGAUGACCAUUAAAACCCAACAUAACUACCUAAAAAUCUAUAUGGACUUGAGAGCGACUUCACUGCAUGAUGGCAAUCCCGCAGCUCUCCCUCUUUUAUCUUGACCACAGGAUUGUUGAGCCUUAGAAAUCCAAAUUAUUUCAGCCACAGUAUGGCCCCUGUGACAUUUGGAGUAUUUUUUUUUUAAAUAUUAUUAUUAUUAUUGCGAUGUCACACAUGUAUUGUGAGAAUAAAACGAAGUAUUAUUUCUAUAUUAUUUCCUAUGCCAGGAAAAUGUGUAUAAUUACCCCCCACACCCUAUCCAUCACUGUGAACUCUAUGAUCACCUCACUAAAUACAGUGUUGGUCUGACUUAACUCAUUGUCGUACAUGCACAUUCCACGGAAGGAGAGGAUCAGGCGGACACUUGAUCACAGUAUUACCUAGUACUUGAAUCGUCCGCAGAAAAGUGCCCACCAUUAACCCGAAAGUUGCACGGAUAGUCUCCAGUACACACACAAACACAACUGAAAUGCCUGUAUAUAAUAAAAGUAACAGUAUAUGAUGUAAGUCCCGUGAAGACAUUUAGCCGCUUUGGUAGACGCUGCAUAACAUACAGUUGCGCUUGGUCCCUUAUUUUUUAUUUUUUGUCAUCAUUUGACACAAUAGGCUUUCCUUGUGAACUAGAUUUGUACACUAGUGAUUCGUCACUUUUGUUUGAAAGUUACGAAUUCAUUGUUUUGUCAUAAUUGUGUAUCAUGAAAUAAAAUAUUUGUAAAACUUU